AACCUUAGAUGAUCAUCCUUCGUCUCAUGUGAUGCUAGCGUGCGCGAGCGAUGCCAAGGUGUACCUCUGGAACUGCGGGACGUCCGAACGGCUCUCGGCGUGGACGCUGGCGUCGCCGGCCACGAGCCUCUGCGUCUGGACCGAUGCGCUGCUGGCGACGGGCGGCCCGAUGCGGCAUCCGCUCGAGAGCGAGACCGACGGCAAGGUCGUGUUUGCCGGCACGGAAGCGCACGGCGUGCAGGGCAUCGACCUCCGCGCCUUGGAGCCAGUCCUAGUGCUCCCGAGCGCCGCAGGGGCGUCUGCCACGGCGAUGCACCCGGCGCGCGAGCUCACACUUCUCAUUGGCAACGACCUUGGCGUCGUAAGCACCUUUGACCUGCGCCGCCCAACGACGGCGCUGACGAUGGUCUCGCGGAGCAAUGCAGCCGUGCACGACUUGUACGCCACGAAUGACGGCGAUGUGUGGGCGGCCACCGGCGACGGCGCAUGCACCAAAUGGACGGACAUUGCGACAGCGCCGGUCGUCGACACGGAGCUCUUCGGCCCGACGUACGACGCGGUGCAUGGCGUGACGGGCUAUGGUAACACGCUCUACACAGUCUCGCGCGACCGGGUGCUGCGCACGUACACGCUCGAGUAACGCGAAUCGCAUUGCAUUACGAGAUGAAAUUUACUUGAUCUUCUUCUUGA